UUGAAUGGUUUGUCACGAGCCGAUGAUUACGAACAAGUGAAGCAAGUUUGCGAGUACUACCCGGAUUAUCGUGCGCUUUUCGAAGGUUCCGGCCUACAACCGGGCGAGAAGGCUCUCGAAGAUAAAUUCUUCGAAUAUGAAGUGAAAUUGAACGUCCAUACAUAUCUGCAUCAGUUUCACUUCGGUGUAUUCUAUGCGUUUGUGAAACUGAAGGAGCAAGAAAUGCGUAAUAUAAUUUGGAUUGCCGAAUGCAUUUCACAGAGGCACCGAACCAAAAUUGACAAUUACAUUCCAAUUUUAUAA